CGCCUCUCUCUCUGUCUCUGUCUCUCUCUCUCUCUCUCCCUCUCUCUCUUCUCCGAAGGGCGAUCGAAGCUCUCCAAUUUGAUUGAUCGCAUGAAUGGAAAUGUGUGAUCGAAUCCUUUUAUAGCGGUUGAAUCUGUAAAUUUUUUUGGUGGAGAUCUCGUCGUUUGGGGGUAAUUUUGAGGAUGGAACCCUCAGAUCCGUGUUGUUUCCGCAGUUUCUAGGGUUUGUACUUUGUAGCUGCUUCUUUUUCUCCAAUUUACGCCCUUUUUUUCUUUUUUGGUAGUAGACGAUUCUCAGAUUUAGCGAUUUGUGUGGUUCCUUAUUUGAUCGUGUUCGUGCGUCGUGUUGAUCGAAGAUCAAGACAUUUCUCACUAUUGAUCUCUGUUACGUUCGUGAAUUUAGGGUUAAAUGCGCGUAAAAAGGAGUUUUUUUGGCUAAUCUAUGCCUCCUUUUUGCCAUUAGGUUUAGGCUUUUCGUAAGGUUGAGAAUUCUUUGCUUUUACUUUGUUCCCAUUCAUUUGAAAAAGCAAACCGAUGACCUUGAUUUGAGCCUUCUACUUUCUAAUUGGUCAACAUGUGGAAGCAAAUCUUUAGCAAGUUGCCGCGUAAAUCAUCUUCAUCUUCGUCAAAGUCCGAAUCAGCUUCCGAGCCCGGUCGGAGCUAUCCUCACAGCAAUGGCCGGACUGGUAGCGGCAAUGUGGGUCCGGCCCGAGCAUCCAUGUCGAAGCGGACCUCGUCUGUCUUUCCCUCGAGCAUCGUAGUUGGUAUUGAGCCCCUGGUUUCUCUCAAGGAUGUACCCAACUCUGAUAAGCAAAGCCUUUUUGUCAGCAAGUUGAAUCUCUGCUGCGUAGUUUUUGAUUUUUCAGACCCCGAUAAGAACUCUUCUGAGAAGGGCAUCAAGAGGCAGAUUCUCACAGAUCUUAUAGACUACAUAAACGCUGGAUGUUCUCGGUUUACUGAGCAGAUGAUUGCUUCUAGCUGUAGGAUGUUCGCAAUUAAUUUGUUCAGGAUUUUUCCGCCGAAUGACCGAUCUAAUUUGUCCGGUGGUGGGGAAACUGAGGAGGAUGAGCCGAUGUUUGAUCCUUCUUGGCCCCAUUUGCAACUUGUUUAUGAUUUACUUCUAAAAUUUGUUGGAUCUUCUUCGCUUGAUGCGAAGAUAGGGAAGAAGUAUGUGGACCACUCAUUUAUCUUGAAGUUGCUCGAUCUCUUUGAUUCUGAAGAUCCAAGAGAAAGGGAUUGUUUGAAAACGAUCUUGCAUAGGAUUUACGGAAAGUUCAUGGUCCAUCGCCCUUUCAUCCGAAAGGCAGUGAGUGAUAUAUUUUAUCGCUUUGCGUUUGAAAUUGACCGGCAUAAUGGGAUAGCAGAGUUACUCGAGGUUUGCGGUAGUGUGAUUAGUGGGUUUGCUUUGCCUUUAAAGGAAGAGCACAAAAUUUUCCUUUUUAGGGCCCUGAUUCCAUUGCACAAGCCAAAGUCAGUUGGUGUUUAUCUACAACAGUUAACAUAUUGUGUGACGCAGUUUAUAGAGAAAGAACCAAAGUUAACUAGUUCAGUCGUUAGAGGGUUGUUGAAAUAUUGGCCUGUGACUAACAGUCAAAAGGAAGUGAUGUUUUUGAGUGAGUUGGAGGAGAUUUUGGAGGCUACCAACAUGGUAGAAUUCCAAAAAUUUAUGGUCCCAUUUUUUCGACGGAUUGGCUAUUGUGUAAACAGUUCCCAUUUCCAGGUAGCCGAACGAGCAUUGUUCUUGUGGAACAACGAUCAAGUGAUCAGCUUGGUAGCUCCAAACCGGGAAACUAUCAUGCCGCUGAUCUUCCCAGCUUUAGAGAGGAACUCUCAGCAACAUUGGAACCAAGCUGUUUUAAAUCUAACGUUCAAUGUGAAAAAGAUGCUCUCCGAGAUGGACGAGGAGCUAUUCUUGUCGUGCCAGAAGAAGUUUGAGGAGGAUGAGCAGAACAGGAUGGUGUCGGAUGAGAGGCGACGAAUAACAUGGGAACGUUUGGAAUCUACUGCUGCCGCCACUGCUGCUUCUACUGCUGCUACCACUGCCACCGCCACCGCCGCCGCUGUUGCUGCAUUUCAACCGGUGACUGUAAACACAGCUGUCCUGGUAACACCUGUAGUGCCUUCCAUUCCUCUAGCUGCUGCUCUUUCUUAGAAGCUCUGGUGCUUCUUUUUUCAGGGUGCCAAACUGCUUCAAUUUUUUUCGUUUUUGUUUGUAACUUCCUGUAUUAUUGUGCUUUUGUUGUUAACUACUAGGGAAUCUGUUGCUGCUCGAAAGUAGGCCGAGUGUUGAUGCUCAUUUUCUUGUAUUAAUUACUGUUUCACUAGAGCCACUUGUCUGUAUUGUCAUUUUCUUCCUAUCACGUAUUGUCCUGUCUAGUAUAGAUUCCGGAAUCUUGGUUUGAUUU